CGCGCCGCAGCGGGAUUGGCGGCGCCGCGCGCUGCCGGCCGAUAAAGGUCUCGCGGCGGCGUUUGACGUCACGCGGAGUUAAUUUUAAACCCGGACAAGAUGGCGGAAGGGGACGCGGCGCGGGGCGGCCAGCGCGCGGGGCCGCCAGAUAAGAGUUUUGAGGAGGAUGCCCUGGUAGACUCCGAUGCCCUGGUCAACUCGGAAGAUGAAGCAGAUUUGAAGACGCCUUGCCCUAUACAAAUUGUUCUUGCGCAUGAAGAUGACCAUAACUUUGAACUUGAUGAAGAGGCGUUGGAGAACAUUUUGCUUCAGGAACACAUAAAAGAUCUCAAUAUAGUAGUUGUCUCUGUAGCAGGGGCUUUCCGCAAAGGGAAAUCAUUUCUACUGGACUUCAUGCUUAGAUAUAUGUACAACAAGAAUUCCUCAUGUUGGAUAGGUGGGAACAACGAGCCAUUGACUGGAUUUACAUGGAGAGGUGGAUGUGAAAGAGAAACAACUGGCAUUCAGAUUUGGAGCGAAGUGUUUGUAAUUGACAAGUCUGAUGGGACAAAGGUGGCUGUACUACUUAUGGAUACCCAAGGUGCCUUUGAUAGCCAAUCCACUAUCAAAGACUGUGCGACGGUAUUUGCUCUGAGCACCAUGACGAGUUCUGUCCAGGUUUACAACUUGUCCCAGAACAUUCAAGAAGAUGAUCUCCAACAUUUGCAGUUGUUUACAGAGUAUGGAAGACUUGCUAUGGAAGAAAUUUACCAAAAGCCAUUUCAGACACUAAUGUUCUUAAUUAGAGAUUGGAGCUAUCCAUAUGAACACUCGUAUGGCUUGGAAGGAGGAAAAAAAUUUCUAGAAAAGCGAUUGCAGGUAAAGCAAAACCAGCACGAAGAGCUACAGAAUGUAAGGAAGCAUAUUCGCUCAUGUUUCAGCAACCUUGGCUGUUUCCUGUUGCCCCACCCUGGUCUUAAAGUUGCGACUAAUCCAAAUUUUGAUGGGAGGUUGAAUGACAUUGAUGAUGAUUUCAAGAGAGAGCUGCGGAAUCUGGUUCCAUUACUACUUGCUCCUGAAAACUUGGUAGAGAAAGAGAUCAGUGGAUCCAAGGUGACUUGUAGAGAUCUUGUAGAAUAUUUUAAGGCUUACAUUAAAAUCUAUCAGGGAGAGGCGCUACCUCAUCCUAAAUCAAUGCUCCAGGCAACAGCUGAAGCCAACAAUCUUGCUGCAGUAGCAGGAGCAAAAGACACCUACAACAAAGGCAUGGAGCAGCUGCGGCGACCACAUCUGCACACAGUAUUCAAGGUUUGUGGAGGAGAUAAGCCUUACAUUGCUCCGUCGGACCUGGAGAGACAGCACCAGGAUUUUAAGGAGUCAGCUGUCAGACAGUUCUGUUCUGUGAAAAAAAUGGGAGGAGAGGAGUUCUGCCGUCGCUACCAGGACCAGCUUGAGGCGGAGCUGGAUGAAAUCUAUGCAAACUUUGUGAAGCACAAUGAUGGCAAAAACAUCUUUUAUGCUGCUCGUACCCCUGCCACUCUGUUUGCUGUUAUGUUUGCUAUGUAUAUCAUCUCAGGACUGACUGGCUUCCUUGGUAUGAACUCCAUCGCUAGCCUGUGCAAUCUCGUCAUGGGGCUAGCACUGAUAUCCCUUUGUACUUGGGCAUAUGUUAAGUACUCUGGGGAAUUCAGAGAAGUUGGAACAGCCAUUGAUCAAAUCGCUGAAGCACUAUGGGAACAGAGCAGACUAAAGAAUUCAAGUUCUUCUGGAAGGUAAAAUGAACUCAGAAGUAUAGACAUUGUGUAACUUUCAAGGAGGAUACUUUGGAGAAAUUAGACUAUAAAACCAGCCCAGGAUAUCAUCCAGUGUCUAAUUACCUGAGGUCUUUGCUGACACUAAGUUCUGUGAGUAGCACAAAAGUGGAAGGAUUUUUUAAAAAAAUCCUUGUUGUUUACUUUUCUCUAAAAGGUAAGUUUGAAAACCCGGUGAAGAAUUCUUAGAGAGGUAAGUUGAAGUUGUUGAACAUCUUCAUUUCUGAUACGGUGCAUGUGAGACUCCAUUGAUUUAUUGGUGCAAGAGCUGUGAUGCCACAACACUGCCCAGAAUCAUCUCUGUAUCUGUCAUCCCUUGCUGUUGGACAGCAUGCAUGGCACUGAAGAGAAAGCUAAUUAAAGACUGCAGGGAAGAAAAUUAGAGGUAAUGAAUACCUGCAAGGAGUCCAGCUUGCAGCAGCUUCCAUAGGAGAGAUGGCUGUGCUUUCUCAUAUUGGGAAGACAGACUGUUUUAAAUGUUACUAAUAACAUUUUGAGAAGCAUAGUGGCUGGUAUAGUUGCCCACGUAAAAAACGUUUGCCGGAACCAGUGGUUCUCAACCUGUGGCCUAAUCAGUGCACAGCUGUAGCCCAUGCGACAUCCUCAGGGCCAUACAAGUAAUAUAUAUUUUGUGUGGAUGUGGUCCAUAUAACGCACAGGAAGCUGCAUAUGUGGCCCACAAUGGUAAAUAGUUGGAGAACCACUGGCUGGAACAAUUUGCCUUUCUUUUAAAAGCUAACAUAUGAUAUGACCUUACAUUAAGGUAGCGAAUGGUGGUAGAUGAAUUUUCAUUCAACUCUUAAUCUGGGAACAUGUAAUUUUGCCUUUAUAGCCUCAAGCCAAUCUUGUUACUACUUUAUCUGAUUGGCCAACUAUAUGGGUCCAACUUUGAGGUUAGAACAUAGGAUUUUUGACUGCUUUUCAGAGAUUGAAUAGGGAAUGCCUUUAGGAAAGGUAACUGGAGAUUCCAUAGUUCUAGUACCUGUAGUAUAGUGGAUGUGAUGCUUUGAGUAAAAAUAGGCAAUGACUUGUGCUGAGAUCUCAGAUGAGAGAUGUGAUGCUAAAAAGUGACAAGCAAAUAGUUGUGUGAGGUAGAAAAUAAAUACUGAAGGCCUCACAAUGGAAACUGGUUGUUUAAAUAGUGAAUCUCAGUUCAGGAUUACUGUAUGUAAGAUGGUACGGGGCAAUGUGCAGGAUGGUCAAUCUCUGUUCUCAACUAUAAGUUACCUUUGACAGAUUUUUUUUUAUUAAAUUGCAGGAAGCAAAACUAGACAAUAGGUUUGUAACUUCAGGAAAUCUGUUAAAUUCUCGUAAUUUACUUUCUAUGUCCUAAUUCCUGAAGCUUUGAAAAAAUCCAUACCCUCCUGCAGUCUGAUAUAAAUUCUGACUUCAGAAUUGUUUUGUCCUAGCUUGAAGUGGCUUCCUCGAGUCUAGACUUCAUCAGCUUCACAUGUAAAACUGGGGUUUCUAAGCAUGCGGUUGGGUCCUUACUCCAAGGAAGAGACCAGGUCAUAGCAAAUCAACACUUGGGUUUUGCCAGCAGAGCUAUGUUGGUUCAGGGUGUGUGAAGGAAAAUCACACCCUUAACUGACCUAGCUAUGCUGACGAAGACUCUGGUAUAGAUGCAGUUAUACUGGCAUAAAAGCCUUUUCCUGGUGUCACUUACUUUGCUUGGGAACUCUUUUGCUGGUGAAAGCUCCAUUCCUACUACGAGGGUUUGCCAGUACAGCUGUACUGACUAACCCUUUCUAGUGUAGACUAUGUGACGGGUUUGGUCAUAGAGACCCCCUUGGGACUGUCACCUGAUGGGCUGAAAUUAUCUCUGAGCCCGUUUUCCCUGCCAGCUUGGGACUCCAGAACCCUGCCUUGUUGAGCCAGACAUGCUAGCCUGCUGCAGUACAGACCCAGGUCUGGUCCACACCCCCAAAGCUGCAGACUUUAACCAAAUACUGCUCAGCAGGUCACCUAUCUCCAGCACCCAGAAACCCAGUUCCGAAUGGGAUCCAAACCCCAAAUAAAUCCAUUUUACUCUGUAUAAAGCUUACAUAGGGUAAACUCAUAAAUUGUCCACCCUCUAUAACACUGAACAUAGAAUCAUAGAAUAUCAGGGUUGGAAGGGACCUCAGGAGGUCAUCUAGUCCAACCCCCUGCUCAAAGCAGGACCAAUCCCCAACUAAAUCAGAGAGAUGCACAGCUGUUUGCUCCCUCAGGUAUUAAUCACUUACUCUGGUUCAUUAAUAAACAAAAGUGAGUUUAUGAAGUAUAAAAAGUAGGAUUUAAGUGGUUUCAAGUAAUAACACAGAACAAAGUAAGUCACCAAGCAAAAUAAAGCAAAACACACAAGUCUAAGCCUAAUACAUUAAGAAACUCUUUACAGGUAAAUCUCACCCUUAGAGAUGUUCCCAUAAGCUUCUUUCACAGACUAGAGUCCUUCCUAGUCUGGGCCCAGUCCUUUCCUCGGUACAUUCCUUGUUAGUUCCAGCAGGCAUCUGAAGUGAAAAGCAGUGGCUUUCUCAUGAUUGGGACCACCUGUUUGUUCUCUCCCACCCCCCUCUUAUAGCUUUGCACAAAGCAGGAAUCUUUUGUCUCUCUGGAUCCCCACCCCUCCUUCUAAAUGGAAAAGCACCAGGUUUAACAUGGAUUCCAUCAUUCUCUCUGGGUUGGCUUACAUGAACACAGGAGGGCUUGCAAGUAAACAGAGCCAUUUACAACCAAUUGUCCUAGUCAAUGGGAGCCAUCAAGAUUGUAAGCCAUCAUCAAUGGCCCACACUUUGCAUAAUUACAGUAGGACCUCAGAGUUGUAUCUGAAGCUAGAAAUAUAAAGUAUAAGACUGAUACAUGCAUACAAAUCAGAUGAACACACUCAGUAGAUUAUAAGGUUUGUAAUGAUACCUUACAACGGAUCUUCUGCAUGAAGCAUAUUCCAGUUACAUCAUAUCCACACUCGUAAGCAUAUUUUCAUAAACAUACGGAGUGCAACGUCACGGACAACACCUGUCAUUGCCAUUGGACUAUGCAUUAUACUGUGAGAUAAGAACCAGUUCCUCUCCGAUUGCUAGCCUAAGGCCUGGCUUACACUUAAAAAUGAGAUUGACCUAUUUGUGUUGCUUAGGGCUGUAGUUAGUUCAACCUAGCCCUCAGUGUAGCCGCGGCUCCUCUGAUGGAAGAAUUCUUCUGUUGACCUAGCUCCCACCUCUGAGAGAUGGAUUAGCUACAUCUGUGAUGGAUGGGUUCUUCCCAAUGUAAGGAACGUCCACACUAUAGCUCUCUUGGGGUACAGCUGCAGCAGCUGUAGCGUAGAUGUGCCCAUCAUCAUUCUGAAACUGAAGGUGGAUUCCUUUGUCCCGUGUCUCAUGCAUGUUGUUGCUACUGACCACUUCUAAAUCUCUCUGCUUUUCUCUUUUCUCUUUGCUUCAGAGGAAUCCCAGGAAGGUGAGAAAUUAGCAGCAAUUAGUCUUAUUAAUUAGUUGCCUUUAUUUUCCUGCUGCUUGCUGAGAGUCCUUUUCCUAACCGCUGAAUUCAUAUUUUAGGUGUGUUCCAAACUCUUUGAAGUUGUUAGACGUCGAAUGGUUCGCCGUGUUCUUACAUCAGCGCAGCGACAGCGACUCUCGUCCAACAAUAACAAGAAGAAAAAUUAGACAGUAUUUUUACAUUUCUUUCUGUAUCUGAAGUGUUCACACUUACACAUAUAGGACAAUAAGCAGGACCGUCUGGGCCGGUCUGCAUAAAUGCUGUAAACAUACCAGAUUGAUGCUGCAUAUAGGGUAUGGAACUGCACAGCCAUCUUCUAGGAACUGUAAAGUGGUUUGAAUUCCGUGAAAUGCUGCUGUGUAGGAGGAGAUCGGUUUUGUUCAUGAUUCACCUCAUUACUAUAGCAGCACCGCUUUUCACCAUUUCCUUUAGUGCAUCAUGUUCUUGUUUAUUUUUCAGAUUCCAAGAUCUUAAUUUUUUCAUUACUUGAAUUCUUGUAUUUUAUAUUUUUAAAGGGUUAUUUAUUUACCUCUUUAUUUUGCACAUUUCUCAUACCACAGGUAUUGAAGCCCCUGAGUGAUAAUUUGAUGGAGGAUAACAUGAGGCAGUCUGUAACAAACUCUAUCAAAGCAGGCCUGACCGAACAGGUGUCUCAUCGUGCCAGAUUAAAGACAGACUGACCAUUCAUCUCCUCUUCAACUCUGCCCUCUCAUCCUAGACAUGCUGUACAAUGAGAACUCAAUAAAAAUAAACCAAAGUUUACAAUCAACUAUAGAAGUAGUUUAGUGUGACUGGCUUCACUGAUUGGUGCCAUCAAGUGUGAAAAAUAAGUUUUGUCAACAUUAAGCAUUCUCUUUAAUCUGCUUCUAAGACAGACCAGUGCCAGGGAGACUGGUAAGUGCGGGGAUUCUACAUGCAGUUUUAGUGUGUGGUGCCCACGUGUCCCAGGGUGAGUGACGUUCCGCCUUUUCUGAGAUGGUGCAGUCUCUGGCGUGCAAUGGAAACGUAUCCUCUCUACAAGGAUAUUUCAGGGAAGUAAUUGUCAAAUGUGUACAAGGAAAUCUUGUAACAGUGUGUUUAACCACCCAAUAUCCCAUUGGAACUUUUAACUUCCGGAGUAUUUGUAAAAAUCACUGUAUCAAGAGUCAAAUUGAAAUGUCAGUGCUAGCUGACAUCAGUGAAGCCAUUAUUGAGCCACUGUAUAAAGAGGAUCUUGCUUGACUGCUUUUUACACCAGUGUUAUCCGAAUGCAUGUUGGUUCCUUACAAAAAAUGACAUUAGAACUAACUAUUGUAACUAAGGAAGUGAUUCCAAGUGUACAUUUGUCUUGCCUUUUUGAUUCACACACUUUGAUGGAGAGGCACAUCAGGAAACUGAGCUGUCUUUUUCUGCAGUUUAGCCUUCAUGUGUAUAAUAAUACGCCACUGACGUUCCUGGAGGGCAAUUCCAUCCAAAAAAAGUUGCCUACAGCUAGGAAGCAGUGAGUGAGAGUGGUUUGUACAGCGUGUUGAGUUUUUAUUUUUAAGAAGUCAGAUAGGGCGUGUACAUGAAAUAUAAAUAUAUAAAUACAAUUUUGUAUCAAAGUUUUGUAGUUUAUGGCAAAACCUGGUUCUGUGGUAGGCUAAGUACAGUCCCUGUGAUGGAAUGCUUGUGGCUCAUGUAAACGUGUGAAUGCAUCAACAGUUUGACGUUUUUGAUAUAGUUGUGAUAUUUACCUGCCUUGAGCACUGCGAUCUCUCACCCCGGGAAAUCAAUGGGAAUGUUGGUUGUGAAACUUAUUGUCCUCUGUUGCAUUUUAAAGUUAUUUCCUGUAAUUUAUUUUCAGUACAUGAUUAAAAUAAGUUGUGUAUAUAUUAAA